AUGGAUGAAAGUUUUUCUAAUGAUGAGGGAGUACGCUUUCGAAAAGUUAAGACUAUCGUUAGUAGCGAUCAUUUGGCGAGUGGUACGGAAGAUUCACCUUUGGAUAAUAAAUGUAAGGAAGAAGUAAUGGAAGAAAAAUCAGAUGCAUUGCCAUUUUUAUGUCAAGAAGAUGAAAAGGAGAUUCUGGAUGUUCCAUGUUUUUGGGAGUACAUAUGGAGUGAACUUAACAGAGGAUAUUCAUUUGACAACGAUGAAUCACGAUAUACUGAUAAGCAGAAAAAAAUAAACGCAUUUUUGAGAAUACCGAUUGAGUUGGAGAAAUUCUUCUUUUUUGGUAUAUUGCAAUGUUUGGAAGCCUUUUGCCAACUGUCUACAUUUCUACCGAUUCGUUUAACAAUGUCUAUCGUUGGUUCUGUAUUGUGCAUACGGAAAUGGACUGCCUCAAAUACUUGUGAUUUUUUAAAAGCUUUUAUCGUAAUAUUAUGCUCAUUUCUCAUGACAUUAAUCGACACAUCAGUGAUGUAUCAUCAGGUCCGAGGACAAGGUGUAAUCAAGCUCUACAUUUUUUACAAUAUGUUAGAAGUAGCUGAUAAGUUAUUUAGCAGCUUCGGCCAGGACAUUUUUGAUGCAUUGUUUUGGUCGAGCACUCAACCUUCGUCAAGUUUUUUGCGAAUGUUCGUACAUUUGUUUAUUGCAGUCAUUUAUACUUGGCUGCAUACUAUACUAGUAUUACUUCAGGCCACGACAUUAAACGUUGCAUUUAAUUCCCAUACGCAAGCAUUGUUGACUAUAAUGAUGUCGAAUAAUUUUGUUGAAAUCAAAGGAUCAGUUUUUAAAAAAUUCGCAAAAGCAAAUCUUUUCCAAAUGUCUUGCAGCUCCUACGUUACAUUUAAUCAGAUUUUCAGUGAUGUCCGAGAACGUUUUCACAUUUUCACCUUAUUAUCUGUUGUCGUUGUACGAAAUAUGAUGGCAGUGAAUUGGAAGUUCGAGCAUUUCAUAAACAUGUUGCCAGAUCUUGCUUUGGUGACUAUUGCGGAGUUAAUUGUUGAUUGGUUAAAGCAUGCCUUCAUUACUAAAUUCAAUGAAAUACCUGCAGAAGUAUAUCAAGAUUUUACAAUAACGAUAGCUUUCGAUGUCGUUCGUAGUCGAGGUGAUAAAGCCUUUUCAGACUAUUCAGAUCAAGUGUCAAGACGGAUGGGUUUCAUUCCAAUACCACUGACAAUUAUGUUAAUACGUGUUUUUACACAAACAUUUGAUAUCACGCAACUGUCUGCUCAAUUGCUUUUAUGUCUUACAUGGUUGUUAUUGUUGUCAGUGAAAAUUUUGAAUGGCAUAGUUGUGAUUAAAAAGGCUUGUGAGCAUGUAAAAUGUUAUCGUGAUCUCCAAGCAAAAGCGGAAUAUGAGGUUUUUCGAAAACGAAUGCUGAUGAAGAAAAGCAAAAGUGCUCCGAAUUCACCUCAAAUGAGUUUAAUUGAUUUUAAAGAUGUCCUUCAUCAAACAGUUUCAAACAAGGGCUUUACUGUGUCGGAUCUUAUGUCUCAGUGGGAUGAAUUAAAUUUAAAUGCAGAAACAACUUUGUCACCAGAACCUCGAAGAACGAAAUCGCUGGCCACUUUCAAGUCUCAACGAGAUAACUCGCUGCCACCUCAUCCUGCUAUCGCCGAAACAGAAGAAAAGGAAGAUACGUUAGAAGUUAUAGAUCCAUCGAAAAGUACUCCAAGAAGACGUUUGAGGACUGCUGAAUGUGAAAGUCUUUCUGAUGUUCAGGCUUACACAAUGCUGGGCAGUACCUUAGAACCAGCAGAGGGUAUACGGUUGUAA